CAGAGCCAUGAGUUGGUUGCGAGAUCUUAUGGGUUUCACCUCUAGCCUACCCCAACUUGUUUGGGACUAAAGGCUUUGUUGUUGUUGUUGUAAUCCAGUUUGUUACUUGUGUAUCUUGUGAUGUGUUAACUCCAUCAAUCUGGGUUUAUGAAAAAUUCAAUUCUCUAUGUUUUACCUGUUUAAUAGGUAAUGCUACAUGUUUUACUUAGAAAACUGAGAACAUUAAGUAGAUGACUUGAAAGAUGAAACAUCAUGCUCUAUUACCGAAAAAGGCUUUCUCCCCGCUUUAUAAAUAAAGCAAACCGCCACAAGACAUACAACCACAACAGGUCCACACACACACACCACCCAAGUACCACAACAAAGUAUUAAGGUUCUGCUGAGGGCACAGCUCAACAAGCCCAGAAGAAAGAGAAAAAACAAAGCCUGCCCAGUGCAGGCGAUCUAGUCAGGCUCCGGCGGAGGCGGCGGCGGCGGGGGCGACAGGCGGACGGCCAUCGAGCGGAGAUCGGCGAUGAAGGCAGAGAUGGCGUCCCGAUCCAGGGGGCGGCUAAGCGGCCGCCAAAGCUGCAAGAAACCCGAGAAUUUGUAGAGAGCAUCAGUAGCGCGACGAAGAGGAGUACGCUGGAUCACUAGCUUAUUGCGAACGGUCCAAAGCGUCCAGGCAAGGACCCCAACCUCGAGCCACCUAAUGUGGCGAGAGGACGAAGGGGACAAUUGGAGUUCAGCAAAUAAGUCCGGGAAAUUGGUGUGGCACCAACUCCCACCGACAAUCUCGCGAAAGCAGCUCCAGAGGAACCGGGCGGAGACGCAGGCGAAGAAGAUGUGGUUGGAGUCCUCGGGAACAGCACAGAGGGGGCAGAUACUAGUGCCCGGGCCAUUAUGCUUGUGGACCUCCACACCGGACGGGAUCCGUCCACAGAUCCACUGCCACAUGAAGAUGCGAAUCUUCAGGGGGAUGCGGACGGACCACACCAUCGAUAGGGGGAGGGGAUCGGAGGAGGGGGCAAUGGCCAAGUAUAGCGAUUUGGUAGAGAACUGGCCCGACGGCUCCAGGUGCCAGCGCACAAGAUCCUGAUCCCCAUCCACCACCGGCUCAUGCAGAGCAACGCAGUCAAGCAACUCACGCCAGGCGGCGGAUUCCGCCGGCCCAAAUGGCCGACGGAAAGCGAGGCGCCCUAAGUCAAGAAGGGCCCUAUCAACAGAGAUCAUGGGGACGACAGCGAUAGAGAAGAGGGUGGGGAAGCGGGCCGCAAAGGGAGAGUCGCCGGCCCAACGAUCAAACCAGAAGAGCGUCGAGAGGCCGGACCCCACCGAGAUAGAGGUACCAAUGCGGAGCACCGGAAGAAGCUGGACGAGGGACUGCCAGAACUGAGAACCUCCCGAUUUCUGGCAGAAGGCAAGGGGUUGACCACGUAGGUACUUAUUCCGGAUAAUGUCCAGCCAGAGGCCACCAUGACCCUGCGUGAUACGCCACAGCCACCGGGAUAGAAGGGCAAUAUUCAUCCGUUUAGAGCACAUGAUGCCCAAUCCACCCUGCUCCCUGGGCUUGCAAAUGUCAGGCCAGCUGACCAUGUGAUACUUCUGCUUGCCAUGCUCGCCAGCCCAGAAGAAUCGGGACUGGAUUUUGGCAAUCUCCUUAUGGAGAGAUUCAUGGAGGCUGUAGAAACUCAUAAGAAACAAGAGGAGGCUGGAGAGGGAGGAGUUGAUAAGGAUAGUCCGGGCCGCCUUGGAAAGCCACCUCCCCUGCCAGGGCUCGCAUCUGGUCUGGAGCUUGGUCACGGAGGGGCGUAGGUCUGCGACAGAGAGGCGCGAGUCACUAAUGGGCGUCCCAAGGUAGGUAGUGGGGAAAGAGCCCAGGCGGCAAUUAAGUCUGUUGGCAAUGGCCACAGACUCAGCGGGGGAAUAUCCCAUGACCAUAACAUCGCUCUUAUCGAAGUUGAUCUUGAGGCCCGACAUCUGUUGGAAGCAAAGGAGGAACUUGAGGUUGGUGAUGUCCAUCUCCGAGCCUUCGACCAUGAUGAUCGUGUCGUCAGCAUACUGGAGGAUGGAGAUUCCCGAGCCCCCAGAGAGGUGGGGGGUAAUACCUCGGAUGUGGCCCGCGGCUUUAGCCUUAUCGAGAAUGGAGGCCAAAGCGUCCAUGACCAUAUUCAAGAGGAACGGGGAGAAGGGGUCGCCUUGGCGCACCCCACAUAGGGUAGGGAAGAAGGGACCGAUCUCGCCGUUGAUGCUGACCGCCGUGGGACCGCAAGAGACCAUUUGCAUGACUCUCGUGAUCCACCGGUCGUCAAAGCCCUUCCGAAGAAGGACUUCCCUAAGGAAGGACCAGCUAACCGUAUCAUAGGCUUUGUGAAAAUCGAUCUUCAGAAAGACCGCCUUCAGGCGCUUGACCCGGACCUCAUGAAGAACCUCAUGAAGCACCAGGACACCAUCCAGGAUGUACCGACCCUUAAUGAAGGCUGAUUGGUUAGGGUGGUUAAUCCGAUCUGCAAGCAGGGUCACCCUAUUGGCGUACCCCUUGGGCAGGAUCCGGAAGAUCACGUUAAUGACCGUAAUCGGGCGGAACUGGCGGAUGUCAGUCGCCCCAGGGACCUUGGGGAUGAGGGAGAUGGUCCUGAAGUUGAGGCGGCCUAGGUCAAUAGAUCCCACGAAGAAUUCAUCAAAGAUGGCCAUGACCUCUGGUUUAAUCACGUUCCAGAAGGUCUGGAAGAAAAUGACCGGAAGACCGUCCGGGCCCGGAGCAGAGGAGGAGUUCAUACCCUUGAUGGCCUCCCAGACCUCCUGCUCAGAGAAGGGGGCCGUCAGGGACGCGUUCUCUGCGUCAGAGACAAGUUGGGCGCCGGCCCAACAAUCAUGCUCUAUUAGAGUUGUUGUCUGCUACAUUUACCCACUUUUAGGUUGGAAAAUUUCAGGCAAAGGGCUCAGCAUUGGUGUGGUCUCUCCAUAUAGUUCUCAAGUUGAUGCAAUUAAAGGCAGACUUGGCAAAAAAUACGACACAUGUGAUGGCUUUCAUGUGCGGGUCAAGUCCAUUGAUGGUUUCCAAGGAGAAGAGGAUGAUAUUAUAAUACUAUCAACGGUUAGAUCCAACGGGAACGGAGUUGUUGGAUUUCUUGCUGAUAACGGAAGAACAAACGUUGCUCUUACCAGAGCAAAGCACUGUCUUUGGAUUGUUGGGAAUGCUCAUACACUGUAUAAAAGUGGAACUGUCUGGACAGACCUUGUUGCUGAUGCUCAAAGACGUAAAUGUGUUUUCAAUGCCCGUAAUGAUGCGGCCAUAUGUAAGUUGGUUUUGCAAGUAAAGCAAGAGCUUGAUGAACUUGAUGAUCUUCUUAAUGCUGAUUCGGCGGUUUUCAACAAUGCCAAAUGGAAGGUCAUUAUUAGCGACGAGUUUAGUAAGUCUUUCACCAAACUGAAGUUGUCACAGCUCAGGAGGGAAGUACUCCAAAAGCUUAUCAAACUUGGCAGUGGUUGGAGGACAACAGUUAGAAACUUAGAUAUACCUGGUGUUUCCAAUCAUGCAAAAGUAUACAAGAUCAGGGACCUUUAUCUUAUUUGGAACAUUGACAUGGAGAAAAGGGAAAGAAAGUAUAUCCAGAUAAUAAAAAUUUGGGACCUACUCUCACAACAACAUGUUGCAAGAACAGUUCAACGUCUCGAGGUUGUUUUUUCCAUGUACACAGAUGAUUACCUGGAUCAUUGCAGAAGAGUGCAGACACUUGGGAAACUGGAGGUUCCUAUGGUUUGGAAUGUUGAGCAUGAUAUUAUUCGCUUUAAGAAGGAUUGCAGAAUUGAUGCUCAGGAAGAGCAUGAUGUCGUGGAUGCAUCACAUGCCAUGGAAAAUUCAAAAGUUAGCGAAAGCUUCUUGCUUAUGAAAUUCUACUCGUUAUCCACUGGAGUGGCAAAACAUUUGCUGACAGCUUCUGAUGGUUCGGAAAUCGAUAUCCCCUUUGAACUGACUGAUGAAGAAAAGAUGAUAAUCCAAUUCCCGCUCACUAGUUUUAUACUUGGGAGGUCAGGCACUGGAAAAACCACUGUAUUGACAAUGAAACUGUAUCGAAGAGAGCAACAGUCAUUGAUUGCCUCCCAGGGUCUAAAUUUGGAUGGUGAUGAUUUAUAUGGGAUGGAUGACAAAAAUAUUAUGGCACUGAACGACAUAGGAGAAAGUUUUGUGAAACAAGUGUUUAUAACUGUAAGCCCAAAGCUGUGUUCAGCCAUAAAUAAUCACAUUUCUGGACUUAAAAGGUUUGUUUGUGGUGAUGUCUCUAAUCAGCCUAGCAUUCUUCAUAUGCACGCCAUCUUUGAUGACCAGGAAGAGUUCACAGAAAUACCUGAGAGUUUUAGCAAUCUACCUCAUGAGCACUAUCCUCUUAUUAUAACAUAUCGAAAGUUCUUGAUGAUGCUUGAUGGAACAUGCCAGACGUCAUUUUUUGAUGUGUUCUAUGGCGAACUGAAGUCUAGUGUUGAUAGAGGGUAUUCAAAAUCUCAUGCGCUGGAAACGUCUAUUGAAUUAAAGGAAGUUACCUAUGAGAAAUUUGCUGCUUCGUAUUGGCCUCGUUUUAAUGCAGACCUGACCAAGAACCUUGAUGCAUCCACUGUCUUCACUGAAAUAAUUUCUCAUAUAAAGGGUAGAUAUCAAGCAAGCAUGCCUUACACCGGCAAUCUUGGAAGACAAGAUUAUGUGAUGCUCUCAGAUAAAAGAUUUUCAUCUCUGAACAGCGAGAAGAGAGAUAGGAUUUAUAAUAUUUAUGUUGAUUAUGAGAAUAUGAAAUCCACUGCCAGAGAGUUUGAUUUGUCAGAUUUCGUCAAUCGUCUUCACAUCAAUCUUGUAUCCGAGGGCUACAAAGGAGAUCUGGUGGAUUUUGUUUACAUAGAUGAGGUGCAGGAUCUAACCAUGACACAGAUAGCACUUCUUAAGUAUGUCUGCAGGAACUUCAAGGAAGGCUUUCUUUUUGCUGGUGACACGGCCCAGACUAUAGCAAGGGGUAUCGAUUUCAGGUUUGAAGAUAUCCGUUCACUUUUUUAUACUGCAUUUCUCUCAGAAACUGAAAUGUUUAAUCAAGGACUUCGACAUGGAAAACAAGUCCAACUCUCUGAUAUGUUCCAACUGUCUCAGAAUUUCCGCACGCACUGUGGCAUCCUUCACAUGGCACAAAGUAUCAUGAGCCUUCUGUACUUCUUUUUCCCGUCAAGUGUUGACAAGCUUAAUCCAGAGACUGGACUUGUAUAUGGAGAAGCUCCCGUGCUGCUGGAAUCUGAUAAUGAUGAAAAUGCAAUUAUGACUAUAUUUGGAGAAACCAAAAGUAAGCAUGGUAACAUGCAUGGGUUUGGUGCUGAGCAAGUCAUAUUAGUUCGUGAUGAUGCUACCAAAAAACAAAUUGUUGAUCUUGUUGGUAAACAGGCUCUUGUUUUGACUAUUGUUGAAUGUAAGGGCCUUGAGUUCCAGGAUGUGCUGUUGUACAACUUUUUUGGCUCGUCACCCUUGAAAAACAAAUGGAGAGUUCUGUACGGCUACAUGAAAGAUAGAGAUAUUAUAGCACAAUCUGAGGAGAUCUCUCAUCCGGGUUUCGACAGAAGCAAGCAUCAUCUUCUAUGCUCAGAGCUGAAGCAACUCUAUGUUGCAAUCACACGCACGAGGCAAAGACUCUGGAUAUGUGAGAAUACAGAUGAUUACUGUCGACCGAUGUUUGACUAUUGGAAGAAGUUGUGUCUUGUAGAGGUUAGAUUACUUGAUCCUUCCCUCAUUCAAGCAAUGCAGACAGGAAGUAGUACAGAUGAUUGGAGGCUACGGGGAAUCAAGUUAUUCAACGAGAGGCAAUUUGAAAUGGCUACGAUGUGUUUUGAAAAAGCUGGUGAUGCAUACAAAGAGAAGUGGGCAAGAGCUGCCGGACUUGUAGCAAUUGCUGAACGUGCCACAUCCUCAAAAUUGGAGAAUGGCAAGGCUCCAAUGCAAACAGCAUCAGAGAUUUUUGAGUCCAUAGGCAUGCAUGAGAAAGCUGCUAUGUGCUAUAUGAAAUUAGGUGACCACAAAAAAGCAUCAGAGAUUUAUGAGUCCAUAGGCAUGCAUGAGAAAGCUGCUACGUGCUAUAUCAAAUUAGGUGACUACAAGAAAGCAGGUAUGGUCUACAUGCAAAAAUGUGGUGCUUCCUGGCUUGAGGAUGCUGGUAUCUGUUUUGCUAGGGCUGAAUGCUGGUCGGAGGCAGCUGAAGUGUUCUUCAAAGCUAAAUGUUACCCCGAGUGUUUCUCAAUGUGCUCGAAAGGAAAACUAUUCAAUCUUGGCUUGCAGUUCCUGCAGCAGUUGGAGGAGGAACAUUUGCUUCAGAAUUCAAAAUCCUUAGAGGUUUCUGCUAUUAGAAAGACGUAUCUUGAAAAUUGUGCUCAGCAUUAUUCUGAGUGUGGUGACAUAAAGCGUAUGAUGCCUUUUGUUAAGGCUUUCAGUUCUAUGGAUCAUGUACGGGCAUUCUUGAAGUCUAAGUUUCUUCUUGAAGAACUGUUUAGCCUAGAGGUGGAUAUGGGUAAUUUCCUUGAAGCUUCAGAAAUAGCAAAGCAUAAAGGAGAUGUCUUACUUGAGGUAGACAUGCUUGAGAAGGCAGAUUUGUUUGAGGAUGCAACACGGCUUCUCCUCCUCCAUAUCAUUGUAGAUUCUUUUUGGUCUUCAAAUAGCAGAGGGUGGCCUCCUAAAAGAUAUCCAGAGAAGGAGCAAAUGCUUGCAAAAACCAAAGAGAUGGCAAAAAAGGUCUCUGAGUGCUUCUACUGCCUUGUUUGCCUGCAAGCUGAUGCACUGUCAGACAUGAACAAGUCUCUUGCCAGUUUAAAUUGCACUUUUCUUGAAAGCAGAAAAUGUGGUAACUUCUUUGUUGAAUUCAUCACUUCCCGUUCGAUUCUUGAUGUCCACCUUCAGUCUCGAGCCUCUGGAUACAAUUUGGAAUUAGGGCCAGGAUCUGAAGAUGAAAGUAGCUGUAAUGAUAUGGUGACUCAUAACCAGAUAUCACCCCAAACCCUAGCGUAUGCCUGGAAUCACUGGAAGUCAAUCGUAAUGAAAGUACUAUCUCAUCUUCGCCACACUGAUGGUCCAGAAUUAAAUGAAUACGAAGAUCUUUGCGUUAAGUACUUUGGGUUGAGGAAAGAUGGUGCCCGAUACUUUGUGCUUAACAUGGACUCAAGUUGGCUCUCUAGCACAAGCAGAAAUUCUUUGCAGCAAGAUGGCAACAGAUGUUGGCUGGAUGUCCUUCAGUAUCAUUCAUGUGCCCAGUCUUUCUUGAUGAAUGAGUUGUCUUCUGUUGGUUUCAGUGUACUUAAGAAGUUGGAGUCCAUUGCUCAAAUUUCUCCAAAGCCAUCAUCUUCAUAUGCCCUGGUGAGAACUAUCCUUAUUGUAAAAGAGAUAGCUAACUUUUUGGAAGAACCAGAGUUCAGUAUGCCGAAAAGUACAAUGAAGUUAAGAAGCUUCUCUGUUCUCUGGGAGCGUCGCUUCUUCGAGUUAAUUUUUCUUGUCUGGAGAGAUGGGGCAAGGAGGAGCCUCUUGCAUAUACUUGACUCACCAGCUUCGCAUGGGCUGAUUGCUGAUUCCCUUGGUGCAAAUCUUCAACCAACAAAUAAAAAUUUAACUCAUGGGCAUCUUGGGAGGACAACCAUACUUCUGCUCCAUGCAGCACGAUUGGAUGAUGGACUGAUUUCAAGGCUGCUACAGUACCUAGACAAUGAUUCUGAGUGGGCAGAUUUUUAUCGAUGUUUGAAGAUAUUUCUUGAUACUGGUGUUCUUACCUCCUUGAUCUCGAACUUUAGGCUCGCCCUUGAUUUUACCUUCAAUUUUGUGACGUGGAGGGAUGAACUGGACUACAUAUCUCCAAUAUGCUAUGUGGGUCUGAUGGAGUGCCUUGGUUUUUUGUCUUCAGCACACCUUCUACAGAAAGGUUGUAUGUACUGCACGAAAUCUCUGUUGGUCAAUAUGCUGGAAUGCCGUACCAGCAAAGUUUACCUUGACACCUGCCUGGCAGCUACUUCAAGACCAGAUUGCGAUCUUGAUCAUACGGCGUCCGAAUCAGGCCAUUCAGGCCAUUUCAUAUUAGAGACCAUUAUGACUAUCUUGACAGAGAAGAAAAUGCUUCAGGAGUGGGUCCAGAAGACUUCAACUCCUAGUUGUUCAUACAAAGCAGUCCUCCUGAGAUUAGUUGUCACACUUUAUCCGCUGAUCCUAACUCAUGAUCUGGAGAUUUCCCAUUAUAAGCUCACAAAUACUCUUCUGGAAUGUGGAGUCUUUAAGGAUUUACCUCUGGAGUUCUCUCAGAAGAUUGUACAUGCUUUACGAACGAGGUCUCGCAAACCAAGCAACUUCAUAAGAGUGGUUGCUGAUGCACUUGCUGCAAUCGGAGAUCGUCUGGUAGUUAUGGGUUCACCUGAAGGCGCAGCAAUCUGUGAAAACAUAAACGCUUAUAUGAUUAGCACAGAGGAUUUGAGUGAUGUUCACAAGGUAAUGGCUCUUCUUUGUUCUGAAGAGGCAAGUUCUGUAAAGCAAGAUGCCACACUGCCAGAAAAAUCUGAUGGUAACAAAUUCUGCAAUGUUGCUGGAAACGUUCCGAAGAUUGUACAAGAUAAUAAGAUGGAGAAUAUGGGAGAGAUAGAUUCAAGUGAUGAGAGUACUGCCUUCUGGGAAAAGCUUGAUACUUUUCAAGUCAACAAGGAAGGCCAGAAAGAUGCAAGGUUUAUUGUUGAAUUCCUUAGGAGUGCCGUUCCAUGGCUGGCUGAUGCACAAUUGCUGGAAGAGGUCAGGCACAUCUGCAGCGAGUUCGAAGAACGUACUGCCAGGACGGAGAAGACAGCUUGUCUGACCGUGGAGGAGGAUCUAUUCUCAAUGUGGCAAGACGGUGAGAACAAACUGCAUACGAUUAUCAGCUAUCUGCGUUCCGCAAGGGCGUCCAUGAAAGAAGAUGAAAGGAGGAAUGAAGCUGCAGCCGGUGCCCAGCCGCAGACUGAUGGAGCGGGCGAGCGAACCAGGCGUUCAGACAAUGUUCCUGAUAGGGGAGGAAGCAACACGGUGGAACCGGUGAAGGAAGAAGCUGUGUCGGCCGCCGGCCCGGCCUCGCAGAAGGCGGCACAGAAGCAGAAGGGCAGGAAGAAAUCGAAGAAAUGUAAAGGCCGUGGCAGGAAGUGAGCCGCUGUAGCUGUAGCCCGCGGUGUGGUUUCCCAUCUGCAAACCGUCGGCUGCGUUGGAGAAACUUGUUUUGUACCGUCACUGUAAAACUAGCUUAUGGGAAAGGCUUAUUUGGCUGUGCGUGUCGUUUAUGAGAAAUAUCGGAUGGUUCUGACUUC